ACGGUGAAAUAGCCAAUCGCGCUCCUCCUCCACACGAGCGAACGAAGAUGGCGCAGGACGGCACGGUGCCCAGCGAUCUCUACCAGCAUGUUUACUCGUUUCUCGUGGAAAACAAGUUCGCCAAAGCCGCGAAAGAGUUUUUAAAGCAGGCUAAAGUGAAACCUCAAGACCAAAAUGAGGAGCGUCUCAUGGACAUCUUCAGUUUCUGGGUGAAGUCCCCAGAAACCAAAAAGCGCAAAGCGGUCACCAGUGCCCCUGCGGCGGUCAACGGCCCAUCAGCCAAGAAGGCAAAGAAAGAUGCGGAGAGCUCCAGUAGUGAGGACUCCAGCAGUGAAGAGGAAGCUGCAGCACCUGCCAAAAAACCCCUACAAGCGAAAGCUCCUGCUCCAAAGAAGCCUGUAGCUGCUAAAAAGAGCAGCUCUGAAGACUCCAGCGACUCGGAGGAUGAAGCUCAGGCUAAAACAGCAGCAAAGAAGCCUGCAGCUGUGAAGCCUGCAGCCGCAGCCAGGAAGAAAGACAGCAGUUCCAGCAGUGAGGAGUCGGACUCGGAGGAGGAGCCGGCCAAACCCCCGGCGACAGGAGCAAAGGCCAAGCCUGUGGCGGGGACCCCUAAACCGGCGUCCACUCCCGUGUCUGCAGCUCAGAAGAAGCCGGACAGCAGCAGCAGUGAGGACAGCUCGAGUGAAUCUGAGGACGAGGCUCCAGCGAAGAAAGCCGUAAAAACAGCAGUCCCAGUGAAGACCCCUCCAGCUAAACCUGCAGAGUCCAGCAGUGAGGAGUCAUCCUCAGACGAGGAAGAUGCACCUCCUACUAAGAAACCCAAGACUGGACAGUUCAGUGCCGUCCCGCCCCCUGGAUCACUGACCGCUCAAGCCAAAUCCCCUGCAGCCAAAGCUGCUCCGGCUAAAGCAGCCCCAGCUAAGAAAGCACCUACAAAGGUCACUCCUGCUCCCAAAAAGGACUCUUCAAGUUCAGAUUCUUCAAGCUCCGAGGACGAAGCAGCAAAGCCAGCUGUCAAAGUCACACCGGCUAAAGCAGCAUCUGCUAAAUCUACACCCGCUAAAGCAGCAUCUGCUAAAUCUACACCCGCAAAAGCAGCAUCUGCUAAAUCUACACCCGCUAAAGCAGCAUCUGCUAAAUCUACACCCGCUAAAGCAGCAUCUGCUAAAUCUACACCCGCAAAAGCAGCAUCUGCUAAAUCUACACCCGCAAAAGUGACCCCAGCUGCAGACAAGGCUUCAUCUUCAAGCUCUGAAGACUCUGACGAUGAGGAGGAGGAGGUGGUCAAGAAACCGGCAGCUAAAGCUGUCCCUGUUAAACCUGCACCAGCCAAGAAAACAGCAGCUAAAGUCAAGCCUGCUGCAGAAGAAUCGUCUUCAUCAAGCUCCGAGUCUGAGGAAGACAAACCUGCCACAAAACCAACCCCAGCCAAGGCUGCUCCUGCUAAAGCUGCUCCUCCAAAGACGACCCCUGCUAAGAAAGACCAUUCCUCAAGUUCAGAUUCAGACAGCUCUGAGGACGAGGCACCUGCCAAACCAGCAGCUAAGUCCAAGCCUUCGAGCGCUCCUAAACCUGCAGCCAAGCCCGCUGAAUCCAGCUCUGACUCGGACAGCUCUUCAGACGAGGAACCUCAAAAGAAACCAGCCAGCACACCGGUAUCUAAACCUGCUGCCCCAGCCAAACCGACUCCUGCAGCCAAACCGACCGCUAAACCAGCGGAAAGCAGCUCCGACUCGGACAGCUCUUCAGACGAGGAACCGCAAAAGAAAGCCGUCACCACACCGGUGUCUAAACAGGGCACCCCAGCUAAACCUGCAGUUGCAGCUAAACCAGCUGACAGCAGCUCUGACUCUGAAACCGACAGCUCUGACUCUGAAGACCAGACUCCAGCUGCGAAGAAAGCUAAACCAGCAGCGGCUGCUACGACUAAGAGCCCUGCUUCUGCCUCCAAACCACCUGCUCCAGCCGGUAAGAGCGUCGCUAAGUCCAGCAGCAGUGAUUCGGACAGCUCCAGUGAAGAAGAGAAGAAAGUGAAGACUACUGUGACCCCCAAAGCAGCAGCAGCAGCGAAGCCGGCCGUGACUCCAGUUAGUGCGAAGAAAGCCGAGAGCAGUAGCUCUGAAUCUGACAGCUCUGACUCCGAGACCGAGGCUAAGAAGACUCCCGCCAAGCCUGCCGUCACCAACGGGAAGGCUGCUUCAACAAAAACCCCCACCUCUGCAGCGAAGACGCCGGCCAAGAAGACGGCAAAGUCUUCCUCCUCGAGUGACAGCAGCUCUGAUGAAGAAGAGUCUCCUAAAACACCAGCAGUGAAAACACCACCUGCUACGAAAGCACAGGCUGCUAAAGCCACAGCAGACAGCAGCUCGUCUGAGGACUCUUCAUCGGAGGAAGAGGAAACGACGGCCAAGACUCCUGUCACAACAAACGGGGCAAAGAGCAAAAAAAAGGGCAAAGAGGAAGAAACGACAACACCCAAGAGUUCAAAACUCACCACAUCCACACCUCAGACGUUUCCCAGAACCAAACAGAAGGAAAGCAAUGCUCCUUUCCGUAGAGUAAGAGACGAGGAAAUUGAGGUGGACCCCCGCCUGGCAGACAACUCAUUCGACGCAAAGAUGGGAGCCAACGGUGACUGGGGCCAGAAGGCCAACAGCGUGCUUAAAUUUACUAAGGGCAAAUCUUUCCGGCAUGAGAAGACCAAGAAGAAGCGUGGCAGUUACAGUGGCGGCGCAAUCUCCACCUCCGUGAACUCCAUUAAGUUCGACAGUGACUGAGAUCACAAACUAAAGAACCUCUGAACUCUCCAUGUCUGUCAUAUCAGCACUGUUUUGACCCAUCUACCCUCGGUUUCUGCGAGGUGUACCACUCACAUUGACUGAAGACAGCAGGAAUAGAGGGGAUGGGUUUUUUUGUUUUGUUUUUUAAACACCCAAUCAUUCAUGCAGUUAGACACGGUGACCACAUGGUGGUGCCAAUUCAUUGUGUUUAGGCCUUUUGAUUAGCUUAUGAGUAAAAUAUGGUUUGGGCUUCACUGUAACAUGUUUCUUAAAGUUGGCAUGACAAAUUAUGAACGGUUGUUAUAACAGGUAAUUGCUAAUGUACUAGAAAUGACGGAGUGUUUUUCUUUUUUAUUAUUAUUAUACGUCAAAGAAAUGUAAUUGUUGUGCUUGCGUUAACAUUUUAUGAGCCUAUCCAUGUAUCUUGAGCCUGGUGAUCUGUGAUUUGAAGAAACUGUUGUGAAUGACUCCGCCCACUUCUGUUUGACAGACACUGGACCAUCCUUACAAUAAUAACACAUGAAUCCCCCUCAUUAGGUUUUAGUUUUAAUCUUUUAUGGUUUCAUACAUUACCCAGGAUUUUGUCAUUUGGUCUCCUUUAUAAUCAGUAUUGUAUCUGUAAUUAAAACUUGGACUGAAACUCAACA